AUGCCAGAUUUUUUACUAACUAUUUCUCCUUGUCUUUGCAGCCUUUCUCAAAAUGAGAUUGUUAUCACUACCUACAGUAUUCUAGCCAAGGAAAUUCCUGUACAAAAGAAAGAAGUAGAUGUUGCUGAAGAUUGUGUAGUACAGGAUAAAUCACUUCCUUUCUGUCCUCUGGCAUGCAUACGCUGGGCUCGAAUUAUACUGGAUGAAGCCCACAAUAUCAAAAACCCCAAAGUACAGGCCUCAAUAGGUGCUUGUAAACUGAGAGCUACUGCCAGAUGGGCUGUCACUGGAACACCCAUUCAGAACAACCUCUUGGAUAUGUACUCUUUGCUUAAGUAAGUUAAUCACAUUAAGGAGCAGCAGACAGAGGCUUUGUAAAUUAAGCAUGCUUCUUUC